GACCCGUAAAAUUAAUGAAUUUUAAAUUGAUUGAAAAAAAUGGAUAACCAACGGAUAGAUAAGCUCGAUAAUAAAAAGUAGCCCAUGGGUAAAAUGGUAAUAGAGAUACCAAAAAAGUCCCCUAUAAAGUGCCAUACAACACUGCCUGCUUCUCACUACACUUGUACUAUCAAAACACAAGCAUCAUUUUCAGAGUUAAGAUUGCUUUUGUUUCAAAUGGCAUUACGCUCCCUUCUUUUUCUCUCAUUUUUUCUCUUCUUCGUCAUCCUCCAGGUUUCAUCCGACUCGGAGACCCAAGGCCAAAGCACUAAUCAGCUGGUGAAAGGAACCAAUAGAAGGCUCUUGCCAUUCAUGGAUUGUGGAGGGUUGUGCAAUGAGAGGUGCAGUUUACACUCGAGGCCAAAUGUGUGCAAGAGGGCAUGCCGGACUUGCUGCUACAGAUGCCAGUGUGUUCCUCCGGGCACCGCCGGAAAGAGAGAACUGUGCGGGAAGUGCUAUACGGACAUGAAAACUCACGGCAACAAAACCAAGUGCCCUUAGUUUUAUUAAACAACCUCUGUGUUUUGUUAAAAUUAAAUAAUCUCCGCUUGCCUUGGCUGGCUUACAUAUGCAUGUAUGCAUCUCAAUGUUUGUAAUGAAGUUUCUGUGCAAAAAUCUCACUUUUUCUGCCACCGUGCAUUUUAGAUAAAUAAUGUAAUAAAAUCUGUUUAUAACAAAGUUAUUUUUUUUA